CAAACACUCAACAUGGCAUCUCCGAUUGUCCACCCCAUCUUUGAGCCUGUCACGGGCACCUGGCAAUACAUCAUUGCUGACCCGUCCACCCUUGCCGCCGCCAUCAUCGACCCCGUGCUUGAUUUUGAACCCGCCCGCAAUACCGUCUCCACGGCCACUGCUGAUUCGUUACUCGAUAUCGUCGUCCAGAACAACUACAAAGUUGGUUAUCUUCUCGAGACACAUACCCAUGCAGACCAUCUGUCUGCUUCCCGGUACCUCCAGCUCAAGCUCGCGCAAUCAACAAACCCGAAAACAGGGGUUGGCAAGCGCAUCGUCCAGGUCCAAACCACAUUUGCCCAGAAAUACGGAGUCGAACAAUCCGAACUCGAAGAUGUUUUCGAUUUUCUUUGGGAGGAUGACCAGACUUUCAGAAUCGGUGACUUGGAGGCAAAGGUGGUCCAUCUGCCUGGCCACACGCCUGAUCAUGUUGGAUAUUUGAUUGGCGACAACAUCUUUUGUGGCGAUUCUCUGUUCCUCCCUGACGUUGGCUCAGCCCGUUGCGACUUCCCCGGAGGAGACGCUGUCCAACUCUACCACUCAGUCCAAACCCUCUUCUCCCUCCCCCCACAUUACAAGAUCUACACAGGCCACGAUUACCCAUCCGGCGACCGCAGCGACCCAGUCCCUUACACGACAGUAGCCGAGCAACAAGAACGGAACAAACACCUCAAGAUUGGCACAACACAACAAGAGUUUGUGAACUGGAGGCAGGAGAGGGACUCGGGGCUUGGGGAGCCGAGGUUGCUGCACCAGAGUCUGCAGGUUAAUAUCCGAGGAGGGAGACUGCCGAGGAGUGGGAUGUUGGUUUUGCCUUUGAAGGGGACCAGGGAGGUGGGGGGUGUGAGGCUUUGA